AUGACCAUGGAGCCCACCGACAUCGCCAUGACCGAAGCUCCCACCUUUGCCCCUCCCCCCGCAAAGAAGCGCAAGUUUAUCCGCCGCCGCCCCGACAACGACGACGACGACACCGCUCCCGACGCCGCCACUGCCCCCAGCACCCAAAGCACGACGCCGCCGCCGCCCGCUGAAAGCGCAGCUCCCCCCUCCCCCCCAACAGACCCCGAGACCCCAGACCUAUCCACGAUCCUCCGCCUCCGCAAGAAGCUCACGCGCCCUGCCCGCCGCGGCCUCGAGGUCACCGCGCCCAAGCCCACGACGCCGCAGACCGCCGCAGCAGCAGCAGCAGCACCGCAUCUCCCGCCGGACGACGACGCCGCCGCCUCCAAGGCCGCCGAGGAGGAGGAGGAGGAGCUCCAGGCCGUCGUCAACAGGUUCACGCACCAGACGGGCCAGAUCCUCGACGUCGACAAGCACAUGAUGGCCUACAUUGACAGCGAGAUGCAGCGGCGGCGCGGCAUCGACACUUCCGGGGCCGCGGGCGGCGACAGCGGGAGCAGCGCCCCCUCGGGCGAGAGCGCGAGUAGGUCGGCGUACUGGACGCCCGUGGUGCCUGAGGGCCGUGGCGCGACGCUGGGGAAGCUGCAUGAGGUUGAUCUCGGGGAGGAGACCAAGAAGCGCAAUAUUGCGCGGACGCAGGAGGCCACGCGACGGCUCCAGGGUGAUGGGACGGCGGCGGUGGUGACGGAGGAGGAGGAGGGCUCUGGGGGGAAGAAGAAGAUGAAGGGGCGCAGGAGACGCAACAGCCAGGAUAUCCAGAGGGAUAAGCUGGUGGAGGAGGUUCUCAAGGAGAGUCGAUUGGAAAUGUACACCGAGCCCGACCCGUCCGAAGAGCAGCGCGAGACAGAAGGCGCAGCAGACGACCGCAUCGCUGAAAAGUUCCGCCGCGAGUUCCUGGACGCGCUCAUGUCGCGGCGCCGCCGCAGAGGCGGCGACAGCCGCAAGAAGAGAGACGAGACGAAGAAGCCGCGUGGGCCGAAGCUUGGAGGGAGCAGACAGGCGCGCGCGGCGAUGCGGGAGAGCCAGAACCAGGCCACCGUGGUGGCGAAAAAACGGUAG